GUUAUUUUGGCUUGAUUCCCGGGCGAUCAAGUCUCUCGACCGGUUUUCUAGUCACAGUCUUCAGCGAAUAGUUCGUCCUUAUCUUGUGCACGAUACCAUCAUGUCGGACGACCAAAUCUCGCUGCCAUAUCUACUGGCCAUCCUGGCCAUCUCCGGCCUGGUGAUAAGAUACAUGUUCUUUUCAGCACCCUCGCCGCCCCGACCUGCGCGAUCCCCCGAGGCAUUUCUUCGAUCAAGGGAGAUUGCUGUUGAGAGAAUACAACAGAUGUUUCCGCAGGCGGAUAGGCGAAGCAUUCUUUGGGAUCUGCAGCGCAAUGGUGGAAACAUCCAGACCACGACGGAACGCAUACUCUCAGGCCGACUGGACACGCCCCCCGUUACCUUCCAGCCGCCACCACCUCCAGGCCAGGCCGCAACUAGUGGCAGCGCAACUACAGCGCCUCGACAACCCGAGAAGCCAGCGCAGCCGGAUCUCAUCACGCGAUACAACCUCAAGAACAAGCUAGAUGCCGUAUCGCAAGAGGACCAGGAUGCCAAGGGAAAGGGUUGGAGCUCCAACAAGGAUGAGCGCCAGGCUUCGUUGCAGCGUAGGAGGGACGAGAUGAUUCUUGCUGCGCGACGGAAGAUGGAGGCCAAGCUCGCUGCCGAAAAGGCGGCUCAGGGAAGUUAACAGGACUAGGUGUAUUCUAUUGAAGUAGGGUUCCCCAUUGCAUUGGUGCUUUCCAGCGAUUCAUUAUUUGAUUUGUGUGCUGAAGAGUCCUUUCCCUUUCGGUUUCACGAUGCGGCACUCAUGGCAACUUUGCUGGUUGUAAUUAAUUCAACGAAGCAC